AUGGAGCUCCAGCCUGAAGAUACUAUAUUGGACUUCCUAGCUCAGACCAUUUGUUCAGUGCCAAUUAAUGAGCUAGACUCGGAUACUAAAAGACUACUUAACAUUAUCGCAAUCCUAUACAUGGAACACGGACUUACAAGUGCCUCUUAUGCUGCCAGGAUAUGCAUCUCGGAGGAGGGCAGCGUGUACUCGGCGCUUAUAAAUGCCAUUGCAACCCAUAAGAGCUGCACGCCGAUGUUUGCGUGGCAGCACUUUGACGAUCUAUUCAAUGCCUCUGAUGCCGAUAAAAGGAGCUUCAUAAAAACAUACAGCGAGGAACGGCGUUUGCCCAAACCCUUUAGGGACUUCGUUCAUCCAUGCAAAGAUCCCAGAACGGAUAUUUUGAUGGACCACUGUGAUGCUGCGAUGCUAGAAGAGGUCAUGGAAAUCCAAAAGGGUUUUGACGGGCGCUGCCACCUCCGUUUCGAUGUGUUCGUCUUCCACCUGCUCAGGAGGUUGCACAAGAAUCAAAAUCAAUCGACCAUUAACGCAGUUAGAAGCAUGCUAAUGAUGCCACGUAUAGUAGGGUGGCUGUCGCAUAUCGCUGAACAGCACAAGGUCAAACGCAGAAUAGAACAUAUCGCAGCGUACGUGGGACCAGCUCCCAAACAUAUCACACGCAAAACAAACGCUUAA